AAAAACAAUGUAAAAAGGCGCCAAAAUUGUGAACAACUAUUUCCAAACAAUACACAAAAUUAAUAAAUUUAUUAUUAAUUUAUAAAUAAAAUAAAGAGAAUUAAAUAAAUUCAAUUAUAAUGGAUCAAUAUCCAGAUGAAAAUGAAGAGUUUGAAUUACAAUAUCAAGAUGAAUUGGAAUUAAUGAAUGAUUUUCCGCCGGAUGAACAAAAUGGUAAGUUUAAUGCUGCUAGCAGAGACCAACUUGCUUAUUCAUCGAAAUCUUUUGCAGAUUAUCGUCCUGCUGUGGCGGCCAAUAGUACCCAAAUAAAACCGGGACUUAGUCAGGUGACCCUGAAUUCUCCGCAAUUAUCGCAAAUCAGUUUUAAUGGUGAUGACUCGCAAAUUUCCACACUGGCGGGACCAGUUAAUCGUCGUUUGUUUGGCACCCCUAAACAGUCGCAUGCACGAGGAGCCUCUACUCCCUUAGUGGCGAAAAGUAAAAUGCCUCCUAUACAAGAAGUAAUCGAUAUCGAUGAUAUGGCACCCUCGACCGCCAAUAAAGCUUUAGAAGAGUUAGAAAGAGCCACCCUAAAACGCAAACGCUUGGAAAGAGAUCUAUUUGGUAAUAUUGAUGAUAUAUUUGGUAAUGAAACCUAUGAAGAUCCCGAGGCUAAAAAAGCACGUACUGAAGAGGAAAGAGAUUUGGAGAUUAUUGAGAAAAUUUUGGAAACCCGCAAAAAACUACAAGAACAGAGUAAGGCAGUACGUAAAGAUAACUUAUCACGUUUGGAGGCUUUGCAUGCUUUUAAAAUGCGAAAUCUUUCCUAUACCAUACCGCAAUGGCCAUUUAUGCCCCUUAGACGUAGUGAUGAUGAAAGAGUUUAUGUUAGAUUUCAUUCCGAAGAUUAUGAAACAAAAGCUAUAAACGAAAUAAAAGCAGCACCCACCAUUGGCAGCCUUUUGGGGGAAAAUAAACAGAAAAUAUGGGAUGAUGCCAAUGAAUUAAUACUGAAAAGAGCUAAUUCUAAAGCAAAGGAAAUACAAGAAGUCAUUGUGGUUGAACCCACCGCCGAUAAAGAUACACGUUUAUGGGUAGAGAAAUAUAAACCACGCAAAUAUAUAGAUCUUCUAUCCGAUGAAAUGACCAAUAGAAGUCUAUUAUAUUGGUUGAAAAUGUGGGAUAAGGUGGUAUUUGGCAAAGAAUUUAAAGCCUUGCAGGCUAAUGCUAAUAAUAAUGGUGAACUUAAUACCUUUAAUAAACGUACGGGCAAAUUUGAAUCUACCGGAGGUUGGCGUCCACGUAAAUCUAAACAAUUGCUUAAUACAAAUGUUGAUGAAAUUGGCCGGCCCAUGCAAAAAGUGGCAUUGUUAUGUGGCCCUCCUGGUCUGGGCAAAACUACUCUAGCACAUACUAUAGCACGACAUGCAGGCUACAAUGUACGCGAAAUCAAUGCCUCCGAUGAUCGUAGUCCGGAGGCUUUUAAAAUGGCUUUAGAGAAUGGUACACAAAUGACCUCGGUAAUGAAUGAAUCGAAGAAACCUAAUUGUAUUAUAUUGGAUGAAAUUGAUGGUGCACCACGUCAGUCUAUAGAGUUUCUGGUUAAAUUCGUUACGGAUAGUGUACAGAGUAAGGCGAAAACGAAAGGUGGCAAGGCAACACAUAAUAUUUUAAAACGUCCCAUUAUAUGUAUUUGUAAUGAUGUUUAUGAUCCCGCUUUAAGACCAUUAAGACAGAUAGCUUUUGUGGUAACUUUCCCGCCCAUAGAUUCGGCCCGUUUGGCUGAACGUCUAGUACAGGUGGCACAAAAUGAACGUUUAAAGACAGAUUUUGGAACAUUAAUAUCUUUGGCGGAAAAAUCUGGCAAUGAUGUGCGUUGUUGUAUAUCAACGAUGCAGUUUUUUAGCGCUCAAAAGAAUGCUUUAAAACUGCAAGAUGUUCUUAAUAAUAAUCUAGGACAAAAAGAUCGUCAUCAAGGUUUAUUCGAUGUUUGGGGUUCAAUAUUCAGAAUUCAACGUCCUAAAAAACAAUUAACAGAGGCACGCGGUGAAGAAAAAGAAGCUCAAGUAACAAUGACAGAUAUGUCUAUAAGUACAAGAGUACGUCAUACAUUGGAUGUAGUACAUUCUGGAGGAGAUUAUGGAAGAUUAAUGCAGGGUGUUUAUGAAAAUUAUUUACAACAAAAAAUGCCUGAUCCUGAUUUAAAUGGCGUUGUGGAGGCUACUCAAUGGUUUUGUUUCUCCGAUAUUGUACAGCAGCAAAUUAAUCAUUUACAAAAUUAUACUGUUUAUCCAUAUUUACAAUAUGGUUUCGUUAUAUGGCAUUUGCUAUUUGCUUCGUUGGCUUGGCCUAAAAUAAAUUUUCCUACUAAAGGAUACGAGUUUCAACAAAAAUUGACAACACAAAAGAAUAUAUUUCAAUCUUUACGUAAAUCGUUUACUGCCAGCACAGUGGGCAUAGGACAGGGUAGUGCAGUGUUAUUGGAAACAGUACCUUUGUUAAAGUAUAUAUUAUCGCCUCAAUUAAGAUCCGUGGCCAUACAGUUAUUAUCACAAAAAGAACAAGCCGACUUAAAACAUUGUGUUGAAAUAAUGGUAGAUUUAGGUAUAACUUAUACACAAGUUAAAUCAGCCGAUGGUCCCUAUAUCUUUCGCAUGGAACCCGAUCUAGAUACCAUCAUGCAAUUUCCCAAUUUUCCCGGUGUAACACUAUCAUACUUUGGACGUCAGCUAGUAUCGCGUGAGGUGGAAUUAGAACGUAUUCACCGUUCAACACCAAAAGCAAUAGGACCCGUUAAAUCAGCGGCCACAGCAAAACCAAAUACAAAAACUACAUCUCCCACAAAUUUACCCAAUCAUUUGCAACGUCUUAAACCGAAACGUAUUGAAACAUCUGCCAAGUCCAAGGCAAAUAAUGAAAUGGUUUUAAACAAUAAGAGUGCUGUUGUUGAUAUUUGUGAUCGUCAGCCCACUAUAAAUGGUUUGUGUGGUUCCUCAACUUUAGGCAUUUAUUAUGAUGCUGAAACUCAACGCUGUAAAUAUUUGGGCUGUAGUCCUGAUAAGAAAAUAUUCUCGUCUUUAGAGGAUUGUGAAAAGAUUUCUAAAUCUGAUCCAAUUGUUAAAAGUCCCAUUUGGUAUCGUUAUAAGGAGGGUUUCAAUAAUGCUGUACGCAAAGAUAUUCAUAUGAAUGAAUUGUUGUAACAGCUUAAUCAUCGUUCAUUAAGUUAGUUUUACUCUUUCUUUAAAUAUAAAAUAUUAUAUUAGUUGUAAAUGUAUUUGAAAUGUUUUAAUAAAACAGUUUUUUUUUAAUUAUUAAUUUAUAAAU